CGGGCGGUACCGGCGGCCCGCUCCCGCGCGACCCCGGGGACUCGGCGGCCCGGCCUGCGCCGCGCGGCCCGGCAUGGGGCCCCGCUCCGCGCUGCGCCGCCGCCUGGCCCCGGGCGCCGUCUCCGCUGCGAGGGUCUGAGCGCUGCCGCCGUGGAGGGGCACGGCCAGAUUUUAUUUAUUCAUGGAGCGGGCUGCAGGUGGAGAGGCAGAGACAUAGACAGAGGGAGAAGCAGGCUUCCUGCCAGGAACCUGAUGUGGGACUCGAUCCUGGAUCCCAGGAUUAUGCCCUGAGCCGAAGGCAGAUGUUCAACCACUGAGCAACCCAGGCGUCCCAAUGUUUUCAAGUCUGCAAACAUUACUGAGCACCUACUAGGUACAAGGAGAAACUUGCAUAACGGGGGAGGCAUGAGGAUGACACAGUGUUCCAAGUAGCACAGUGACCUGCCCAGUAAAGACUAAGCAUCAGGGCCCCCUGACUCUGCUUGGGGCAUCAGAUGAACAUCUGCAACAAGCCCUCCAACAAGACAGCACCUGAGAAGAGUGUGUGGACGGCGCCUGUGCAGGCCAGCAGACCUUCCCCGGAGCUGCAGGGCCAGCGGUCCCGCCGGAAUGGGUGGAGCUGGCCCCCUCACCCACUCCAGAUUGUGGCUUGGCUGCUGUACCUCUUCUUUGCCGUGAUUGGCUUUGGGGUCCUUGUUCCCCUCCUGCCUCAUCACUGGGUGCCUGCUGGCUAUGCUGUAUCCUUGGGAAAGUGUGGGACUAGUACAUGGAAGGAUUGGGGCAGUGGACGGGGACGUGGCAGGAGCCUGAAGCCGUGCUCCGGAGCCUCAGAGAGUGCGGCAGAUGCCAACGUGCGGGACAAGAGCUAUGCAGGGCCCCUGCCCAUCUUCAACCGCAGCCAACAUGCACAUGUCAUUGAAGACCUGCACUGCAACUUGUGCGACGUAGAUGUGAGCGCGCGCUCCAAGCACUGCAGCGCCUGCAACAAGUGCGUGUGCGGGUUUGACCACCACUGCAAGUGGCUCAACAACUGCGUGGGCGAGAGGAACUACCGGCUCUUUCUACACAGUGUGGCAUCUGCCUUGCUGGGUGUCCUGCUUCUCGUGCUGGUGGCCACUUAUGUCUUUGUGGAGUUCUUUGUCAACCCCAUGCGGCUGCGCACCAAUCAUCACUUUGAAGUCCUGAAGAAUCACACAGAUGUGUGGUUCGUGUUCCUGCCCGCUGCCCCCGUGGAGACCCAGGCUCCUGCCAUCCUGGCCCUGGCUGCCCUGCUUAUCCUUCUGGGCCUGCUUUCCACAGCCCUGCUGGGCCACUUGUUCUGCUUCCACAUUUAUCUCAUGUGGCACAAGCUCACCACCUAUGAGUACAUCGUGCAGCAUCGCCUGCCACAGGAGGCAAAGGGGGCCCACAGGGAGCUCGAGUCAUGUCCUCCCAAGAUGCGGCCCAUUCAGGAGAUGGAGUUCUACAUGCGGACCUUCAGCCAUGUGCGCCCAGAACCCCCUGGCCAGGCCAGGCCUGCCACAGUGAAUGCCAACCUUUCCCAGUUCUUUGCUACCCGAGGCCAAGGGGAACCCCCACCUCCCUCCUCCCCAGAGAGGGGUGCUCUGCCCCCCCGGAUCCGACCCCAGAAAAAGAGGAAGCGGCGAGUGUAUAAGGUGCCAACCUCUGGGACCUUGGAACCAGAAUCGCCGUUGCCCAGGCUGCCGGGGCCCGGGGCUCCGGGCCCCCGCUCCAGCUCGCUGUCGGAUUCCGCGGGCUCCAGCCCAGUGCACGCCGCUGGGCCUGCAGGCGCCUACCACUCGGCGUCAGCCGAGUCCAUGGACGAGAUUCCAGUGGCGCAGACGCGCCUGGGCAGCGCCGCUCUGGCCGCCCCGGUGGGUAGGGGCCGGGAGCCGGGGCUGGCCCUGCAGCUGCGUGCGCCUGCCGUGUUCGUGAGCCCGAGCAGCGGGGAGCCCCGGGUGCGGGGAGGCCUGGAGGCGGGCCUGGCUUAGCGGGGUGGAGAGGCAGGAGGGCCAGGGAGGAGCGGCCAGCCCCGUUCUCUAUGCAACACCCCCACCGUCGCUGCACCGAGUGCACUUUAGGGGCCCCUACGGUCCGGCGGGAUGGGUCCCCUUCCUCCGCAGCUCAGCAAUACCCGCCCCACCGGCCAUGAUGCUCCAAUAAAGUCUUUUUUUAUGCUUUUGUGGA